UCUCUCGGCUCCAACUUUAAUUUUCUAACAACAACCUCCACUUCCAUGGCGUACAACCCGAGCAGCAAUGUUCGGAUGGACGCGCAGGCCGCGGCGGAGAAGGCCGUUUCGGUUAUCGGGUUCGGGUACGAUCUGACGUCGGAUCUCCGUUUGUCCGCCUGCAAGCACGGCCCCUCAGGGUCGGGUCUCAUUGAACUGGACCGGACCCGCACCAAGGACUUACUGGUUCCCGGAAACGUCGUCGUUUCCCGCGUGCCUUCCUCCAUCAAGUGCGAUAAAGGCGAGCGUACCAGAUUCAGCUCCGACGCUCUCACCUUCAAUCAGAUGUCAGCGCAUUUCAACCAGGAGUUGUCUCUGUCCGGGAAAAUACCGUCUGGUCUGUUCAACACAAUGUUCGGCUUCAAGGGUAGCUGGCAGAACGAUGCGUCCACCACCAAAAUUCUCGCAUUUGAUGGUUGGUUUAUCGGUUUAUACACAAUUGAGUUGGAGAGAUCUCAAAUAACUUUAUGUGAUAGCGUGAAAAAGGAAGUGCCAGCUACAUGGGAUCCUGUUGCUCUCGCUGAGUUUAUUGAUAAAUACGGUACUCACAUUGUUGUCGGGGUUAAAAUGGGAGGUAAAGAUGUAAUUCACAUAAAGCAGCUUCAAAAUUCAAAUCUCCAGCCUACUGAAGUGCAGAAAUUGUUGAAGCAGUUAGCAGAUGAUCGAUUUUGUGAAGAUGGAGACAGAAACUCAGCAGCUAACUCAGAUAUUUCAUCAACAAAGUCGAAGGUUGAACAGUCCAUAAUCUGGGAUCUGCAAUUACCAUUUGCAAGUACAGUGAGACCGCCCGUUGUUUCCCACUCCAAAAAUGAUGAUUUGUUGAGCGUUCAUGUCGGACGAGGGGGUUUAGAUAUCUCUCAAAGCCAUAAUCAGUGGCUUUCGACAGUGUCUCUGUAUCCCAAUGUCAUAUCUAUGUCCUUUGUGCCUAUUGUUUCCCUGCUAAGCGGCGUCCGAGGCAGUGGUUUCUUAAGCCAUGCGAUCAAUCUCUACCUCCGAUAUAAACCGCCCCUAGAGGAACUCGUCCAGUUUCUGGAGUAUCAGUUGCCUCGGCAGUGGGCACCGGCAUACAAUGAUCUUCCUCUCGGCCCUCGUCGCAAGAAAAAAUCAUCUCCUUCUCUCCAGUUCACACUAUUGGGUCCUAAGCUCUAUGUCAAUGUUGUCAAGGUUGAUACCGGUAGCCGGCCUGUGACGGGCAUCCGGUUAUACUUGGAAGGAAAGAGGAGUGAUCACUUGGCAAUUCAUCUGCAGCAUCUGUCAACACUCCCCGAGUCUCUGCAGCUCUCGCCCGACCAUAGUUAUGAGCCGGAAGACGAGUCUCUACACCGCGGUUACUUUGAGCCGGUGAAGUGGAGUAUAUUCUCGCACAUAUGCACUGCACCAGUCGAGUACCACGGGGCACGGAUUGAUGACUCCGCCUCCAUAGUGACGAGGGCGUGGUUCGAGGUCAAGGGCAUUGGAAUGAAGAAGGUCCUCUUCUUGAGGCUUGGGUUCUCGAUGGUGGCAUCAGCAAUCAUCCGUCGGUCCGAAUGGGAUGGGCCCACGGCAACGUCAAAGAAGUCGGGAUUGAUGUCGAUGUUGAUGAGCACACCAUUUAGUACUGCUCUGAACCAACCUCAGAAGCUCCCGCCCAAGGUGGAUUUGAACUCUGCCGUCUACCCGGGAGGGCCGCCUUCACCGGCCAGAGCUCCAAAGAUGUCGCAUUUUGUUGACACCAAGGAGAUGGUGAGGGGCCCCGAGGAUACGCCGGGGUAUUGGGUGGUCACCGGAGCAAAGCUCUGCGUGGAGAAUGGGAUGAUACGAAUCAAAGUGAAGUACUCGUUGUUGACUAUAGUUUGUGAUGACUCUGUUGAUAUGAUAUGAGGAAAGUGUGCGUGUCAAGAUCUUGUUUGUACAUUUUGUGUACAUUUGCCCAUUCAUAUAGCACCCAAAAUAUAUUUUUUGUUGUAGCCUUAA